AUGGCGACGUAUCAAAGGUUAGUCGCCAAGAUGUUCAAAGAACAACUCGGUAAGACCAUGAAGGUUUACAUCGAUGACAUGGUAGUGAAGUCGAAAAAGAAAGAGGAUUACAUUGGUCAUCUGAAAGAAGCCUUCGAGAUAUUGAGGCGAUAUGGAAUGAAACUGAAUCCCGGAAAAUGCACCUUCGGUAUAACCUUAGGAAAGUUCCUUGGUUUUCUGGUGUCACAAAGGGGUAUCGAAGUUAACCCGGAUCAGAUCAGGGCCAUCGAAGGAAUAUCGGAGACAUUAACCAGCAAAAAGCGGGUGCAGAAAUUAACAGGACGAAUAACCACCCUAUCGAGGUUCAUUUCACGAUCAUCAGACAGAUGCCAUAAAUUCUUCAAUGUACUAAGGAAAGACCACGAGCUACAGUGGAAUUCAGAAUGCGUCGACGCCUUAAUAAAACUGAAAGCGUAUUUGUCCUCGCCACCACUACUCGUCAAGGCAGACCCGGGCGAAUGCCUCCUGGUGUACCUAGCAGUCUUCGAAGUCGCAAUACCGAGGGCGCAGAAUAUCGAAGCAGAUGGUCGCGCCAAGCUAGCGACAUCCACCAAAAAUAUCAACAAGGAAAACGUGGUCACUCUUCUGCAUUCCUCAAUAGACCAGGUCGAGGUACAUUCUGUAAAGCUAACUUGGGACUGGCGCAAUCGUAUCGUAACAUAUUUGCAGGUUGGAAUGCUCUCACAAGAUAAGAAAGAAGCCAAAAAGCUUCGAAUACAGGCAGCUAGAUACAACCUCAUAAACUGUGAUCUUUACAAGAGAACGUUCGGCGUCCCCCUGGCCAAGUGUCUUGGGCCAAAUCAAAUAAGGCGAGUACUAGAAGAAGUACACGAGGGGCACUACGGUGCCCAUACGGGAAACCGCGCCCUCGUGGUAGUAGGUGCAUACACUCAAAUACAUGAGCAAGAAGUUAUCGCGUUCAUAUGGAAAAAUAUAAUAUGCCGCUUCGGCAUUCCCACAGAAAUCAGUUGUGACAGCGGACCUCAGUUCGUCGGAAAGAAAACGACCGAGUUUUUCGAAAAAUGGCACACCAAACGAAUACUCUCCACACCAUAUCAUCCUGCUGGUAAUAGCCAAGCCGAAUCUUCCAAUAAAGUGAUACUAAAUAUAUUGAAAAAGAAGCUCGAGGGGCUAUGGCCUGAACUACUGCUAGAAGUACUAUGGGCAUACCGCACUAUUCCAAAAACUAGAACAAGCGAGACACCAUAUUCAUUACUCUACGGGACUGAUGCGGUUAUACCUGUUGAAGUCGGAGAACCUAGCUUGAGGUACUCCAACGAAAGUGAACCAAGCAACGACGAAAGUAGGCUACAAGAUCUGAAUGAAGUCGAAGAACGAAGAGAUAUGGCCCACGAGGCUCCACCUAAGCCGUACUCUUAUUCCCCCAUCUGGGUUUUUUCCCAAUCGGGUUUUCUCGGUGAGGUUUUUAAUGAGGCGGCAAGGGGGACUUUCGAGGUCCGAAGUAUUGUUCAUUACCCUGCCUGUCGACGUGAUCUCCAGGCCGAGUAA